UCAACAAAGAGAAGAUUUGGCGACCUCAAGGCUUUGACGCAGCGCUCCGAGUCAGCCUGUUACAUAACAUUUCCAACUUAAGGCGUUAAAUAUCAUUGGACCAGUGACAGCUAGGACACAGGUGAUUGGCGGAGAAGAAUUCGAGACUGAUCUGGCAGGAGAUUAUCUGACUCGGCGAUCAACGUGACCUGCAGCGGCAUGCGAGUCAGAUCAAUUGGUUUCUCCACUACAAUCUGCACAUAUCCUCGAACUCCUCGAAACCUUCAUCUGUUCGUAUCAACGAGGCGCUACAGUCAUUCUGAUAUGUCGGUCGUCAAUAGAUCAGUCCAUCCAUUCGACAAAUCCCGUCUGGAUGCUCUGCUGAAUCGCAGAUUUUUCUAUGCACCAGCUUUUGAAAUCUAUGGCGGUGUUGCUGGCCUCUAUGACUAUGGUCCACCAGGCUCGUCAUUACAAGCCAAUAUCAUGGCGGAAUGGAGAAAGCAUUUUAUCAUUGAGGAUCAUAUGCUAGAACUCGACACCACUAUCAUGACUCCUGCUCCCGUCUUUGAGACAUCUGGCCACGUCGCUAGGUUUGCAGACUGGAUGGUCAAGGACACCAAGACCGGUGAUGUCCUCCGUGCAGAUCACCUCGUCAAAAACGUCCUAGAAGCGCGUCUUGCUGGCGAUCGGGAAGCUCGUGGAUUGGCUGCCCGACCCAAAGAUGAGAAGGACAAAAAGAGGAAGAAAAAUGCGAAAACUGUUGUAGUUCAGCUUGCAGAUGAGCUUGUGAAAGAGUUUGAGAGUAUCCUUGCCCAACUAGAUAACUAUUCUGGCCCUGAAAUCGGCGAGCUCUGCCGAAGAUAUGAUAUUCGUAACCCUGAUACUGGCAACGAGGUUGGCGAACCUCAGCAGUUCAAUCUGAUGUUUGCUAGCAGUAUCGGUCCCACAGGCCAACAUCCUGGUUACCUCCGGCCAGAAACCGCUCAAGGCCACUUCCUCAACUUCUCUCGCCUUCUCGAAUUCAAUAACGGUCGUGUUCCGUUCGCAUCCGCUCAAAUUGGUCGUUCCUUCAGAAACGAAAUCUCUCCCCGCGCUGGCUUGCUUCGGGUUCGAGAGUUCACCAUGGGUGAAAUCGAACACUUUGUUGAUCCCGAGGAUAAGAGCCACGAAAAAUUCCGCGAAGUGCGCGAUACCGUGCUGAGCCUCCUCGAUCGACAUGUGCAAGUCAGUGGUAGUACUCAAGUGACCCAGAUGACUAUCGGCGAAGCUGUAGACAAGGGCAUUGUAGCAAACGAGACACUUGGCUACUUCCUUGUCCGCAUCCAUCUUUUCCUUAUUAAGAUUGGUAUCAACCCGAAACGCCUGCGGUUCCGCCAGCACAUGGGGAACGAGAUGGCACACUAUGCUGCAGAUUGUUGGGAUGCAGAGAUAGAGAACGCGACAGGGUGGACCGAGUGCGUUGGUUGUGCGGAUCGGGCUGCGUAUGACCUGUCAGUGCACUCGGCAAGGACUGGCCAACCGCUUGUCGUCAGACAAGCGCUAAAGGAGCCGAUAGUGACCGAAAGGGAUGUACCAGAAUUUAACAAAAAGGUCGUUGGCAAGACUUACGGGCGCGAUGCUGGCCUCCUGCAAAAGGUCAUCGGUGAAAUGGAUGAAUCCCAGCUUACCAAGCUGAAGGGUCAACUUGCCCAAGGCCAAGCAACAAUUUCGGCCGAAGGGAAGGAGUUCACCAUCACCCCUGAUCUGUUAGCGAUCGAACGCAAGACGUUUAAGCAAUCGAUUCGCGAAUUCACACCAAAUGUCAUCGAGCCUUCAUUUGGCUUCGGUCGCAUUCUUUAUACUUUGCUUGAACAUAGUUUCUGGUGCAGGGAGCAGGAUAUAGAACGUGGGGUCCUGUCACUACCGCCUGUGGUCGCUCCCACGAAAGUUCUCAUCGUCCCUUUAAGUGCCAAGGAAGAAUUCAGUCCCCUCGUCCAGGAAGUUUCCACCAAAUUACGGAAAGCUGGUAUCUUUUCUCGUGUAGAUGAUUCUAAUACCUCGAUUGGCAAACGCUACGCCCGCAACGACGAAUUGGGGACACCAUUUGGUGUCACACUGGACUUUGCCUCUGUCCAGAACCGGACGAUGACUCUCCGGUACGUCUGUGGCGGUCCGCGGCCGACGGUCGGCUUCUCUGUUGUGACACGUUUGACUGACUUACCUUCUCCAUGUAGUGAGCGCGAUACAACAGACCAGCUCAUCGGCCCUAUCGACGACGUAAUUACAGUUCUCACGGAGCUGGUGCAGGGCACUAUUGACUGGCCGGCUGCCUGUAAGCGCCUGCCAGCAUACGAUGGUGUACAGGCCGUCGACUAAAUUGGAAUGGCUUGAAUUGAUGUGUAACUAUGUAUUACGUUCAUGAGCGUCAUCAA